CCUGUUUAUAAGAAAGAGAUGAAAAAUUUGGAUGUACAAUGUAAUCAACAGUUAAUUAAUCAUUUUCAUUAUAUAUAGAUACGUGUUUAUUUUUUACUUUAUGAUAUCUACUUUAAAAUGAAAAGAAAAUGAAAAUUUGAUAUUUGUAAUGUGUCAUUUUUUUAAUAUUUCUAGAAAUAUUUUUCUUCAUUUCACGUAUAAAAUCUACGAUAUUUAUAUACAGAUAAAUAGUAAAAAAUAGUAAAAAAUAUAAUCCAUAGAUCUCUCAUUUCUUAAUUUAAAAGUUCUAUUAAAUAAAUAUUUUUAUCAUAAAAGAUUUUUUAUAAAAAAUUUAAAAAAAUAUAUAUUUUAUUAAUAUUUUAUAUAUCUCUAAAUAUAAUUUUAAAAUAAGAUAUAUUUAAAAUAUGUAAUGAUUGCUUUAUUAAUAAUUAUUUUAAAAUAUAAUUUUAAAAUAAAAUAAUUUAAAAAACUUGAAAUAUGUAUUAAAUAUGCUUUAUUUGGUUGUUAUGAAAAAAUAUAAUUUUAAAAUAAAAUAUUUUUUAUAUUUUAUAUUUAUAAAAUAUAAUAUUUAAUUAAUUAAAUUUAUAUUUAAAAUAUAAGAUAACUACUUUGUUACUAGAAAAAUUUUAUAACUUUCGUUUUGAACGACUCUCAUAUCUAUAAAAUAACAAGCAAAAAACAUUUAAAUAAAUCGUAAAAAUUUUCCAUUAAAAUUAACGAAAUAUUUUUUUAAGUAAUCUUAUAUAUUAAAUGUUAUUAUUGAGGGAUAAUAUUUACAUGACAAAAAAUAUUGAUAGAGUGCAAUCAGGUUAUCUGAAUAUUUGAAUCGUAUUUAUUACAACUACAUUCACAAUUUUCAUGAAAAAAUAUAUUUUAUAUUGAAAUAUUAUAUAUAAAUAAAUAUAUCAUUUCUUUUUUAAUUUAAAAAUAUUUUCUUAUUAAUAUUUUCCUAUUAUUAUUAUUAAAUUAAUUAUAUUAAUUAAAAUUAUAUUUAAUUUUUAUUUCUUUCCAAAUAUUAAAUUUCAAUUUCUAAUAUAAAUUAUCAGUAAGUAUAUUAAUACAAAAAAAUAUAAUUUAAAUAUAUAAAAUGUAUAUAAAAAUAUAAUUAAAAUAAUAUGAUAUAAAUGUAUUCGUUAUAAAAAAUACUUAAUAACAAAAUAUUUUUCCUUUUCAAAUUUAAAUGUAAUCAUCAAUUGCUUUAGAAUAUAUUAUUAUUGAUAAUUAUUGAUAUUAUUAAUAACGAUGGUAUCGAUAAUUAUUGAAAAUAUCACAGGUUAAAAUAAUCUACGUUUACGUUGUAUGUACAAACAAGAGAAUAAUUUGAAAAAAUAAAAACGAAAGAGUAAAUUUGAAAAAAAAUAAUUUAAAUAAUUGCAAAAAUGGCAUUAAAUAGAGAACGGCGUACAAAUGCAGGAAAUAAAAUGGCAAAGUUAUUAAAUGAAGAAGAAGAGGAUGAUUUUUACAAAACAACUUAUGGAGGUUUUGAUGAAGUGGAACAAGAUCAUGACUAUAUGGAGGAAGAUGAAGCAGAAGAUGAAGUAGAUUCAGACUUUAGUAUAGAUGAAAAUGAUGAACCCAUUUCUGAUACCGAACAAGAGGGACCAAAAAAAAAACGUAGAUUAGUUACAAAAGCUUACAAAGAACCUAAAGUUCAAUCCCAAUUACCAUCUAAAGAGAAAAAAGUUAGGCAACCAAGACAAAGAAUUUUUAAUGAAAGUACAGAAAGAAAAUCUAUCCGUCGUUCUACUGCUGCUAAAUCAGCUGCAACACAAAAAAGAUUAAGUGAAAGAAAUGAGCAUCAAAAAAGGAGAACAAGAGUUAUAAGACAUGAUACAUGGAAACCUACUCAAGAAGAAUUAUUGAAAGAAGCAUUGCAAACUGAACAGAUUAAUAUGAAAUCAUUAGAAAAAUAUCAGAAAUUAGAAAAUGAAAAGAAAAAUACUAGAACUAUAAGAAAAGCCCAAACAGGACCUAUGAUUAGAUAUCAAUCAUUAGCAAUGCCUAUUAUGAUACUUUCUGAGGUAAAUUACAAUAAAGAGGAAGAUAAAAUGAAUAUAGAAAAAGAUGAAAAAAAUACAAAUUUUGAAAAUAAACGUCCAGAUGAAACAAUAGAAAAUAGUACAAAUAUAAAAUCAGAAAGUGGCACAAAGGAUAUUACUAAGAAAGAAUCUUCUCAAAGUUCUAACAAAAGCAAAUAUUAUUAUGAACAAACAAAAGGAUAUUAUGAAAGAACUUUCAUUACAUUUGAAAAUGAACAAUUAUUUUCAGAAGCAUUUAAAAAAUCUUCAAUACAGAAAUCAUCAAUAAAACCCUUAUGUGCAAUUACAAGGUUUCCAGCAAAAUAUUUAGAUCCUAUGACUCACUUACCAUAUAAAAAUGUGCAAACAUUUCGAUUAUUACGUGAAGCAUAUUAUCAACAAUUGGAAGCUCGAACAGAUAUUAAUGAUACAUCACAAAGCCCAGAUUUAUUACGAUGGCUUGAAUGGAGACAAAAGAAUCAUGGUGGUCUAGCUCAAAGGAAUACAGUACGUCUUGAACCAGCAUCUGCAAGUAUGCUCACGUAAUUUUUUUUAAUAAUAAAAUCAAAUAAUAUAUUUAUUUUUAUUGUAAUUCGAUAUUUUUAAUAUUUUCAAAUUCAAAUUUAAUUUAAAAAUAUAAAAAUAUAAAAUUUUUUAAUGAUAAAAUAGAUUUAAUAAUUAGAAGUAGAGUUUUAAUAAUAAAAAAUAUAUUUUAAAAAAGGAAACUUUGUAAAUAAUGAUAUAAUUUAUUAUUACGUAUAUUGAAUAUUGAAUUAUUGUGAGUUGAAAUUCUUUAUAUAAUCUUAAAAUUAUAAUAAUAUUAUAAUGUAUCUAUUUAUAUAAAGUUAAAAUAUAUAUAUUUUUAAUUAUCGAAAUAAAAAUUCUACAAUACACGUAUAUAUGUUCAAAGCAAAAGUGAUUUUAUUAAUAAAAUUAUAAAGUACAAA